CGUCACGUAGUUCCAUGUUUUGAUCACGACCACACACACACACACACACACACACACACACACACACAGGCACGCGCGUGCGCACGCACACACACACACACACACACACACACACAGGCGCGCGGACUGAGGCGCACAGUCACCCUGUUGCCGUGCGCGGCGCGGGAAAGAUGGAGCGCGCGUGGAGACUGCUGGUCACGGCGGUUACGCUGUUGUUCACCUCACAAACAGGCUUGUCCAAACCAAUCAUCACACCUGACAGUCCUCAUCUGGUAAUUCUGAAGGGUGGGCAGCUAGAGCUGCGCUGUCAUGAUGAUGUGGGCACAGGUAUAGUGCGAUGGCAGCGGGAGAAGGACAAGAGGAUCGAGGGAGACAGAGAGGAAGAUGGGGCCAUCAUUAUCAGCCUCGCCUCCACGCAGCCACAGCACAUGGGCCGCUACACUUGUGAAAACACUCAAACAGGAGAGAAGAGUUCCAUCCACGUUUAUGUGAAAGAUCUGGAGAAUGUGUUUGUUCGCUCCAUGGUGAACAAUUUGCUGGUGAGAGAGGGGAAGGACUGCACUCUGUCGUGUCUGGUGACGGAUCCAGCAGUGACUGAUCUCUCAUUAGCCACUUGCUCUGGUGCCCCCCUGCCAGCUGACCUCUCCUACAGCACCAAUCCUCAAAGAGGCAUCACCAUUCACAAUGUGUCCAAGGCUUUCGAGGGAUGUUAUGUUUGCACUGGUGUCAUGAGCGGGGUCACCAUGAAGUCGAUCCAGUACAACGUGGACGUGCGCCUAGUUCCAGACUCAGUACCAGUGAUCGCUCUGUCCAUGCCAGAGAAAGUGAUACUGAUCCAGGAUCAGGAGCUUCAGGUCAUCUGCAGCACCACUAACAUCAACCAUGACUUGCAUGUGACUUGGAACUUACCUCCAGAGGGGAAGGCAAUGAUGUCCCACAACUCCCAGAUCUUGCCUGGUUCCCAUAUUUACAAGCGCACAGCCAUACUGUGGAUUAGCGGUGUGAAGACAACUGACUCAGGAGUCUAUAUCUGCGAGGCCCGAAAUGAGAGAGGUGUCUCUACAGCUGCCGUUAACCUUAAUGUGUAUGAGCGCGGCUUCAUUAAUGUAACAGAAGAGGAGGAUAGGGCUGUGGAGGUGAGAGAAGGCGAGAGUCUUACACUGCGUGUGGAAAUGACCUCCUACCCCAAACUCAGCACUGCCUAUUGGACCUAUAACAACCAGCAGCUCAAAAACACAUCAGAGCAUGUCAUCACACUACACAACAAUGAAUACAGGUACAUCAGUGAGCUGAAACUGGUUCGCGUUCAUGGCUCAGAGGGUGGGAUCUACAUUUUCUCAGCCAAUCACAGUUAUGCAUCUGUCAACGAGCCAUUUAUCGUCCGUGUCAUCUGUAAACCUAUGAUUGUUUCUCAGGAGGGUCCCAUUGAUGGGCAGGUGAGGUGUGUCGCAUCAGGAUAUCCUGUCCCAAAAAUCUCCUGGUAUUACUGCGAACAUCCCCACACACGAUGCUCCCAGCUCCUGAACGCCACACAAGAAGACGAUGAUGUUGCCAUAGUAACAGUGUCGGGGUCAGAGUUCGGCCGGACUGAGGUGGAGAGCCGCCUCAACGUCAGCAAAGGAAAAUACCACACCCUGGAGUGUGUAGCAACAACACAGGGUGAACAGGCAUACACACUGUUCUCCAUCAGUGAGCGGACAGUUCCUCACAAACUCUUCACACCUCUAUUGACUGGAGUCAUAUCAGCUUCUAUAUUGCUUACUCUGUUUCUGAUUGUGCUCCUCUACAAGUACAUGCAGAAACCUAAAUACGAGAUCCACUGGAAGGUGAUUGACAGUAUCCAUGGCAACAACUACACAUAUAUCGACCCCACCCAGCUGCCUUAUGAUCCCAAGUGGGAAUUCCCAAGAGAGAGACUGCGCUUUGGUAAAAUCCUUGGCUCUGGAGCUUUUGGUAAAGUGGUGGCAGCUACUGCUUACGGCCUUUGCUCACCUGACACUGUCACCACUGUUGCGGUAAAGAUGCUCAAGCCGAGUGCUCACUCUACUGAAAAGGAGGCUCUGAUGUCAGAGCUGAAGGUUCUCAGUUACCUCGGCAACCACAUGAAUAUUGUCAACUUGCUUGGUGCCUGUACGGUGGGAGGUCCUACCCUGGUGAUCACAGAAUAUUGCUGCUACGGUGAUCUGCUGAACUUUCUAAGGAGAAAGAGAGAUGCCUUUUUCAGCUCUAAAACAGGAGACGGAUACUACAAAAACCUUCUCAGUCAAACGCAGCCUUCAAGGGAAGGCACAGAAAAUGGCUAUGUGCCUAUGAGGUCCUAUCAGAAGAGAUCAAAUCAGACAGAAUGGAGUGAUGAUAAGGACGACUUAUCUCUUGAUACAGAGGAUUUGCUCAGCUUCUCCUAUCAAGUGGCUAAAGGCAUGGACUUCCUCACUUCCAAAAAUUGUAUCCAUAGAGAUCUGGCUGCAAGAAACGUUUUGCUGACUCAAGGUCGGGUUGCCAAGAUUUGUGAUUUUGGUCUGGCCCGUGACAUCACCAAAGACUCCAACUAUGUGUUAAGAGGAAACGCACGUCUCCCGGUGAAGUGGAUGUCCCCAGAGAGUCUGUUUUCAUGUGUGUACACAUUUGAAAGUGAUGUCUGGUCUUAUGGCAUCUUGCUGUGGGAGAUCUUCUCUCUGGGUAACAGCCCAUAUCCUGGAGUUCCAGUCGGCUCUAUGUUUUACAAGAUGAUACAGGAUGGAUACAGGAUGAGCGAGCCGGAAUUUGCUCCAAGUGAAAUCUAUGAGGUAAUGAGAUGGUGUUGGAGCGCUGAUCCUCUGAAGAGACCAACCUUCAAAAAACUCGUGGAGAGGACAGAAAUGCUGCUCUCAGAAACCACCAAACAUGUUUACUUGAACCUCAGCAACGGAACCAACAACAGCAACGAUGCAGCAGAUCGUCCAGGCCUGCAGAGAGCGCAGUCCCAACGGCUGAGUUCAGUGAGCAGCACCACGGCGCCAACUGAGCCUCUGCUGCCGUCCACCAAUGAUGUCUUUCUGGAACACGGGACGUGCUGAGAAUCACUCGGCCCUGCUCAGCCUUUCGGAUCGAAGACCUCAAGCUUCAUUUAGUUCCCGGCUCGUUGUUCUUUUUUUUUUUCUCCAUUUUGUUUCAGGUCAGACUUUCAUUCCAUUUUCCACAACCACUUGCCUUUCUUUCCGCUGCGGUUUACAUACAUUUCCUUUCUUCCUUCUUUUCAUCUGUUAGCCUUGUCUUCCGUGUCAGUCUUCGCCUUGCAUGGCCAUCUCAUCUGUGCAGUGUAACCUGCUGAUAUGUUUACCUAAAUGCAGCUGAGCACUAUUUCACUGUAUUGAUCCAUGCAGUAUUCUAAGCGCAUGAAGAGCUGAGUUGACAGUAUCUUAAGAGUCAGCCCAUUAACUGAUACUUAGUGUACUAGCAUCAGAUAGACAACCAUUAGCUGAACAUCAUUACAACAUGGACAUACUAAGGUUUAUUGAGAUUAAUAACCAACUGUGGUGAUGACAUAGUCAUGCAAUUAGAAAAUCUAUUGAAGGUUAGGAGUAGGUGGCUCAGACGUUUUUAUAUUAUUGCUUCUACUGAUAGUAAUCGAAUCACACAUGUUCAGAAAUUUCACAGGCGUCCUGUUUCUCUUCCACAGAUUCUUAAACAUCUCUACAUCUUUGUCACUGUGAUGUAAAAAAUGUUUUUUGUGUAAAAUAGUUCACUGGAGAGAAACUUGCAGUGGUGGUGAUGGGAACCAGCAGUCGUGAUGUCUACCUGUGAACCUACACACGACUUCUGAGGUUUUGUAUGCAGGGCCGAUGAUGUUAUAAUAGUGGUAAAUAUGAAACAAAUAUAUUUUAUUUGGAGAUUAUUUCAGUUUUAACUGUCACGUCACGAUAAACUAACACAUAAAAAUGGUCCAAAAUAAACAGGAAUAACAUUGACCUACACUGACGUUUAGAAUGCUUUCCCUUCUUCUCCUGUAAAGUUACUGUUUUUGGAGGUUUUGCAAGGUUUAGCUCAAACAGUGACGAUAUGCAGAAACAGUUGAUGUGAAGAAGUUAAGAGGCUUUCAUCGUUUCAGACGUCUGGUUCCCAUCACCAUUAAACAAAUCUGAAUCACUAGGUUUCUCGACCGGUGCACAUCAAACCAUCUUAAUUAUGCAGAAACUUUGAAAGUCAGUGGAAAUAUUCUAUUAUGCAACCGUUUGCAGUAAAAAUGCUACUAUUGCUGAAGCGUGAGCUAACAGACGCCAGAUGCCAAAAUGUCCAAUGCCUAUUUGAGAUAUCCAGGUUACAGUGAUUAUUAGGAACAUUAUUUGGCGAAACAGUUCCUUGUUGAUUAAUUGAUUCACUUCCAAUCUGCAUUAUGAACACAUCCUGACACUGAGUGCCUGUCUUUUUUUUAAGAACGGUGGUAGGAUGAAGUAUAAAAACAAUCACAUCUCUGACGACUUUGGCUUCUGCAUCGCAUGUUAGCACUAAUAGUAACGCUUCUUCCAGUCAACGUAACAAAAGAGGGAAAAUUUUAAUUAAAAAAAAGAUACUUUGAAAGAAAGCUAAAAUGAACGGAAAUGACAUGAAAUGUUUCACAUAGAGGAAUUUGUAUGUAUUUGAAGAUUGACUAUUUUUUGAGUGUCAUAGCAUGUGACGUUUAGCAUGAGGGCGUCACAAUUCUGUAAAUACUUUUUUCGAAAUCUUAGCGAGUUUUGAUACAGGUUGAAAAGAAAAAGAAUGUGUGUACAUGUGUAAUGAAAAUAAACUGUUCAGGAAACGUCA